AUGCCGGUGAUGCGGGGGCUCCUGGCCCCGCAGAACACCUUCUUGGAUACCAUCGCCACACGCUUUGAUGGCACUCACAGUAACUUUGUCCUGGGGAACGCGCAGGUGCAGUCGCUGUACCCAAUCGUGUACUGUUCGGACGGUUUCUGUGAACUGACUGGAUAUGCCCGGGCUGAGCUCAUGCAAAAAAGCUGCGCAUGUCACUUCCUGUAUGGCCCCGAGACCAGCGACAGACUCACGGCUCAGAUCCAGGGUGCGCUAGAUGAGAGGCGGGAGUUCAAGACUGAGCUGGUGUUCUACAAAAAGGAAGGUACUCAGUUCUGGUGUCUUUUGGACAUUGUGCCUAUCAAGAAUGAGAAGGGAGAGGUUGUCCUGUUCCUUGUAUCCCACAAAGACAUCACGGACAAGAAGAAGGAGCAGAGUCCAGAGCAAGGGCCUGAAACAGAUGAAGAGACCGGGCUGGAGGUGCACCAGGUCACUCGACCUCCAGGGUUCAAUGCAAACCGCCGCCGCAGCAGGGCUGUUCUCUAUCACCUCUCUGGACACCUGCAGAAACAGGACAAGAGCAAACUCAAGAUCAACAAUAACAUGUUUGGAGAGAAGCCCCCGAUCCCUGAGUACAAGGUGGCGGCCAUCCAGAAAUCUCGCUUCAUCCUCCUUCACUAUGGGACGUUCAAGGCGGGCUGGGAUUGGUUGAUUCUUCUGGCCACCUUCUAUGUGGCCGUCACUGUGCCCUAUAACGUGUGUUUCACUGUGGGAGGGGGACGGGACGAGGGCAACAUCAACGCCCCACGGAGCCCCCCCAGCGUCAGCGACAUCCUGGUGGAAAUCCUGUUCAUUUUAGACAUUGUGCUAAACUUCCGCACUACCUUUGUGAGCACGUCUGGUCAGGUGGUGUAUGACGCCCGCUCCAUCUGUGUCCACUAUGUCACCACCUGGCUGUUUGUGGACCUCAUCGCGGCUCUUCCCUUUGACCUGCUGUACGCUUUCAACGUCAGUGUGUACUUUGGAGUGAACCUGCUGAAGACGGUGCGGUUGUUGCGGUUACUGAGGCUGCUGCAGAAGUUGGAGCGUUACUCCCAGUACAGUGCAGUGGUGCUGACUCUGCUCAUGUCCAUGUUUGGGCUGCUGGCACACUGGAUGGCCUGUGUGUGGUACUUCAUCGGACGCAGGGAGAUCGGGAGCCCGGGGUCCUGGGACAUUGGUUGGCUGCAUGAACUGGCCAAGCGCCUGGGCACUCCUUACUUCCUGUCCCCCUCUCCCACCCUGGUUCCGGGGGUGGUAAGCAGCCUGCAGCCCAACAGCAGCCAGUGGAACCUGACCGGGCCAGAGGUGGUGGCGCAGACCUCCUGGAACUCCUCUCAGUACUUUGGGAAUAUAUCGGCAGCAGAUGUUGUGUCCGGGGCAGGUGCAGGGGGCGGGGGCAUGGGGGUCCUGGCAGGGGGUCCUUCUAUGCGCAGUAGCUAUGUGACCUCUCUGUACUUCGCCCUGAGCAGUCUGACCAGCGUGGGCUUCGGGAAUGUGUCAGCCAACACUGACUCGGAAAAGAUUUUCUCCAUCUGCACCAUGCUCAUUGGAGCCUUGAUGCAUGCAGUGGUUUUCGGUAACGUGACUGCCAUCAUACAGAGGAUGUACUCACGGCGCUCGCUGUACCACACACGCACAAAGGACCUGAAGGACUUCAUCAGGGUGCACCGCCUGCCCAAAGCCCUUGAGCAACGCAUGCUUGAAUGUUUCCAGACAAUGUGGUCUGUCAACAAUGGAAUAGAUGUCAGCGAGCUCCUAAAGGACUUUCCUGACGAGUUGCGAGCAGAUAUCGCCAUGCAUCUGAACAAAGAGCUCCUCCAGCUGCCACUGUUUGAGUCAGCCAGUAGGGGGUGUUUGCGCUCACUGUCCCUCAUCAUCAAGACGUCCUUCUGCGCCCCGGGAGAGUUCCUCAUUCGCCAGGGAGAUGCGCUACAGGCCAUUUACUUUGUCUGCUCCGGCUCUAUGGAGGUGCUCAAAGACAACACUGUGCUUGCUAUUCUGGGUAAAGGAGACCUGAUCGGCUCGGACUCUCUCACUAAAGAACAAGUGAUAAAAACCAACGCCAACGUGAAGGCUUUGACCUACUGUGACCUGCAGUACAUCAGCCUGAAGGGCCUGAGGGAGGUACUGCGUCUGUAUCCAGAAUACGCCCAAAAGUUUAUCAGCGAGAUUCAACACGACCUCACCUACAACCUGAGAGAGGGCCACGGAGCAGACGUGAACUGGGAGAGUAAUGGUGGUCUUGUGAAGAAGUUACCUUCCAUAAAGGAGGAUGAGGAGGGUGAUGAGGAGCAGAACUUGGUGUCCCGGGCCCCUCGCUCUCCUCUGCGUCUGAACAGGGGUCUGAACUCUCCUCUGCGCUCCCCCCUCCUUCCCCCGCGGCCCUUCCGCUCGCCAUCUGAUCACUCGCGCCCCAGCACUCUGCAGAUCCCUGUGGUCAGCUUCAACAGUGCGCCUCCAGAGCUCAGCCCCAGAUUCGUGGAUGGCAUUGAAACUGAGAGCAUCUCCAACUUGUCCCAGAAGUUUGAGUUCAGUCCAAGUCUGUCUCCCGCUGCCUCAUCUCCAUAUCCAGGUAUGAAAGAGCACGCUGACAUCAAGCAGAGUGUCUCCAAACUGACUGAGGAAAUGAACAGUCUGUCCAAACAAGUGUCCCAGCUCAGUCAUGAGUUACAGGAGAUGACCCGCCUCCUGAAGCCCCUCCUCCAGGCCUCCCCUUCGCCUCUCCUGACGACAGCCAUGGCAAAUCUAACCCCGCCCCCCAGCAGUGCAAGCCAGCAGCCCCCCAGCGCCUGUCUGGUUGUCCCUUCCUCCCUCACCCCCCUCACACCUUGCUCCCCACAGAGACUGGACUCUAAAUCCUUAUUGGACAGUACAGUGACGGAGGAGGUAGACCUGCUAGGAUGCCUUCUCCCCACACCCCAUUCACCUCAGAACCCCAAAUCUUUAACAUCAUCACCGCUUCUGCCAUCCAAAUCCAACGGGGGUAACUUUAAGACUGACAAUGAACUCAUCCAGAACCUCCAAGUUUCAUCCAAUAACGGAAUCAUCGUCCCAUCCCACCAGGACCCCCCGCACACUCCUUCCCCCUCUCUGUCCUUCUCUAUGUCUCUCUCUUCAUCGCCGUCGCUGUCCCCCUGCCAGGGCCCACACCCGUCCCGUCCCAGCAGCUGUAAUACCAGAAACCACUUACAACAACCACAACCGCACCAUCCGCCCCUGUCCUCCCACUGCUCAGCUCCCCCCUCUCUCACCUCAUCACCAGGGGACCGCCGAUUAAAGCAGUCACCCUCUGCGCCCAUCAUACCUCACUCUUUCUCCCCCUGUCCAUCCACACUGUCCCUGCCGCUUUCUUUGGACUCCAGGACGAGGUAUGGAGACACCUCACAGACUGCAUUUUGGUGUAACUCUCGGCAACAUCAAGCGGAGGGGAGACCAGCAGGUGGUCCUCAAGAUCUGGAGAUGCAGGAGAGAGGACUUAUAGACACUAAGCAGUCCUCUACAGAGCACAUAAGCUUCAUUGAUGAGGAAUAG